ACCUGCAAUGACUCAAAAGAGAUUUUCCGACGUUUUUCCAAAGCUUUCAAAAUUUCAAACCACCGCCCACCACCAGAUCAUUCAUCGUUGUUCCUCUCUUGACUCCUCGUGCUCUCUCAUUCAACCCAGCCAACACGGCACCAAGCAGCAAGGUUGAUUACACAGUCGACUCUCCAUCAUGGCCAAUCCCAGACAACGGAACAAGGCUCGGUCCUCUAAAAGCACUAAACCAUCUUUGGCUGCCAAACGAAGGAUGCAUCAUAAGUUGAGGAAACCGCCGACACUGAGUGGUCCAGAGGUAUUGCAGAGUGGCUGGGAUAAACACAAGACGGUGUUUCAAAACUACAAAGCUCUGGGUCUACUUCCUUCUCUUCCCUUGCCUACCGCCUCUGGCUCAAGGUCUUAUCGGACACGAUUGACUCUCCCUCCUGGUGCGAUUGGCUCCGCUUCUGGACCAGUGGACAAUGUCAAUGGUCUAGGCGGUGCCGUGUUCUCUGGAUUCGGACAGAUUAUCCGGGACGAAGAAGGGAACGUGGUGGAUAUCAUUAUUCCCGAGGAACAGGAACAGGAUCAGACUCCUCCGGAGCAAGAAGCCGAUGACGCUGAGGAAGGAGAGGAAAGAAAUAGGGUAGAAGCUCAGACGGAUGUUGUGAGAUCUCUCGAACAACUCGCAGCAUCUUCUGUACCCGUCAAAAGGCAUUCCUCGACGUCUGAACGGACAUGGCUUCAGGACCUGGUAAGGGCCCACGGUUCAAAUUACGAAGCGAUGGCGAGGGAUCACAAGUUGAAUGUUUGGCAAAAGACUCAAGGGGAGAUUAAAAGGAUGGUCAACAAGGCUGGAGGUGUGGACAAGUUGACGAGGUGACACAAGUGACGACCGAAGGAGUCUGAGCCGGCGAAGGGCGAGCUGGAGAUGGACCCAAGUGAGAUUCAGCUCCCCCUCACGGCGCUUCACGAAAGAUCUCUCAGCUGGUGUCAAUCAUCGCAGGUCAUGUUGUAUCGCACUGAAUCGGAUGUAGAUGUACAUUACAUUCAUUUGA